AAUCAAACCAGAGCCAAGAGAUAACAAAACCAUAAAUUAACCGGAAGCCAUGCCUGGCAACAGCCAAAGCACUAAAUCAAUUUGAAAUCAUAAAAAAUAGCAUCUUAAAUGUGUUGUACACUUGCAGGAACUUUCCGGCAAGGACCAAGAAAAGGUGACUGAGGUGAGUCGAGUCAGGUUGGAGCUACAGGAGCAGAUUGGACACUUGGAGGCCGAGAGGAUCGCACAAGGAGGAAUGAAAGAGAAGAUCAAUGCCCUUGAGCGAGAGAUUAAAGUACUGAGUAGUAACCACCGAGAGGCGCUGCUCGACAAAGACAGCGAGAUGUCUUCUCUGCUGGAGAAGCUCCGACUUAAAGAGGCAGAGAUCAAGAGGAUGAGGGACGAUGAAGCCCAAAGAGCGACAUAUCUACAGAAUGCCAUCCUCACUUAUGUCCAAGGCUCCCCUCUGGCACAGUACAGCAGCUCCAAAAAAUGACUCGAUGACCUCAAACUAAAAUUCU